AUUAAAUAUUUUCUUUCUUGAUAUAGUCAAAAAAGUAUUAAAUCUCACAAAGUUUCCGCGAAUGUGUUCCAGAGAGAAAGAAAGAGAGAGAGAGAGAUCUAGGCUGCCGUUCCUGGUCAUCUUUCGCUGGCCCACUUUAUUCAAUUAUGCCGGGCGGCCACGCAGGCCCCUCCCCGUCCUGAUGACACCGGCAGACCCUCCUUAAGUUGCGUCGCGCCACAGCUGUCUGCGAGCACUGAGCUGACUGGCGCCAUCCUGAAAGAAUGCCUUCACUGUAAAAAAACACAGAGCCAGAGAGAGAGAGAGAGAGAGCGAGAGAGAGCGCGAGAGAGGGAGGGAGAGAACUGCACUGCACCGGGACGGAGAGAGUUCAGAGUGACUGAGAGAGAGAGAGAGAGAGAGAGAGAGAGAGAGAGAGAGGGGAGGGGAAGUAUAGAGAGUGAGUAGGGGAGAGGGGUUGCCGCUCCUGCGCAUAAACAGAGAUUUGAUCUGCGAGUUAAAGUUCGGUGCAACUCGGUGUGCAGAGAAGGCAUCCAUACCCCGGCCGAGCGCGACUGUAAACACACCGGCUACUUGUUGAGUCGCCUGAACAAUUCUGGAAGUUUGUAAAGUGGGAAAGUUGAGGAACUUAUAGCGGAACUGGAUAUGAACCUUGGACUUUCAUGACGACUAUCGGUAGCGGCGAUAUUUUUCUUAAAUGUACGUCAAAUCCCAACAUCCACGUUUAUUCAUUGCAUCGACUGGUGCGCCUCAAUAGAGCUUUUGAUAUUUCUCCUUAAUGUAAACAUACCAAGUGUGUGACAGAGGUCGACGGAUCGGACUGUAAAUGUUUGUGUUUUAUUAAAUUCCAGGUGAUCGAAGGUAUAUCGCCUAUCAACGGACACCUUUGGAUUUAACGAAGCAGGACUUUUUUGGGACAGAUAUAUUUUUUCUUUCCUUGUGUCGUUUCGGUUCUUUCCAGUGUGUAUGAACGUUUAUUAAAAAAAAGGCGAUGGAAGUAAGCGCGGACCAACCCCGCUGGAUGAGCCAUCAUCACCCGGCGGUAAUUAACGGGCAGCAUCCCGACUCUCACCACCCAGGCCUCGGCCACUCUUACGUGGACCCGUCGCAGUAUCCCCUCGCUGAAGAUGUGGAUGUACUGUUUAAUAUAGAUGGACAGCCCAAUCACGUUUCGUCGUACUACGGAAACUCGGUGCGGGCCGUGCAGAGGUAUCCACCACCGCCACACAGUAGUCAGGUAUGUCGCCCGUCCUUACUCCACGGCUCUCUGCCCUGGCUCGAUGGCAGCAAAGGCAUCGGCCCUCAUCACAGCUCUUCGCCGUGGAACUUGAGCCCUUUCCCCAAGACCUCACUGCACCACGGCUCCCCCGGGGGCCUGCCCGUCUACCCCCCAGCCUCAUCCUCCUCCCUGUCCGGUGGACACUCCAGUCCGCACCUCUUUACCUUUCCCCCGACUCCUCCCAAAGACGUGUCUCCGGACCCCGGCAUCUCCACGGGCUCAGGCGGGUCGGUGCGCCCGGAGGAUAAAGAAUGCAUUAAGUACCAAGUGUCCCUGGCCGAGAGUAUGAAACUGGAGUCAGCCCAUAGUCGAAGCAUGGCAUCAAUCGGAGCGGGUGGCUCUUCCGCCCACCACCCCAUCGCCACUUACCCAUCCUAUGUGUCCGAUUACGGCCCAGGCCUCUUCCCACCAAGUAGCCUCAUAGGUGGGUCUACUUCUAGUUAUGGUUCCAAAACAAGACCAAAAACAAGGUCAUGUUCAGGAAGAAGUGUUAGCUGCAGGAAACUGACUCGCCAAGUGCAGUCUGCUGCCCGAAGAGCAGGGACCUCAUGCGCGAACUGUCAAACGACCACUACGACGCUGUGGCGGAGAAACGCCAACGGGGAUCCCGUCUGCAAUGCGUGCGGGCUUUACUUCAAACUGCACAAUAUCAACCGGCCACUCACCAUGAAGAAGGAGGGCAUCCAGACCAGGAACAGGAAGAUGUCCAGCAAGUCCAAGAAGAGUAAAAAAUCUCACGAGAGCAUGGACGACUUCUCCAAGUCGCUGAUGGAGAAGAGCAGCUCGUUCAGUCCGGCGGCGCUCUCCCGCCACAUGUCGUCCUUCCCCCCCUUCUCCCACUCCGGUCACAUGCUGAGCACCCCGACGCCCAUGCAUCCUUCGUCCAGCCUGCCCUUCGCCCCACAUCACCCUUCCAGUAUGGUUACGGCCAUGGGCUAGACCACACUGACCCCGACACAGACACACACAGACACACAUGCACACACACACACACACACACACACACACACACACAUGCUCUCUUACCACCAUCCACACACACACACAUACACCCACACCCACACACACUCCUCCUCGGGUUCCCCCAACGCAGUGAACCCUUGACGUCGUCCCCCUCCUGAUAAAAAGCUGACCCC